AUGGCGGAGCAGUUGAGAUACGACGGCCAGGUUGUUGUCGUCACCGGUGCUGGCGGUGGUCUUGGAAAGGCAUAUGCUACUUUCUUUGGCUCACGCGGUGCCAGCGUCGUCGUCAACGAUCUCGGUGUCACCUCAAAGGGCGAGGGCAACUCAUCAAAGGCUGCCGAUGUUGUCGUCAACGAGAUUAAGGCCGCUGGCGGCAAGGCCGUUGCGAACUACGAUUCAGUAGAGAACGGCGAGCGCAUCAUUGAGACCGCCAUCCAAGCCUUCGGCCGAAUCGAUAUCCUCAUCAACAACGCUGGUAUCCUACGAGAUAUUAGCUUCAAGAACAUGAAGGAUGAGGACUGGGAUCUCAUCUACAAAGUACACAUCAAGGGUUCCUACAAGUGCGCUCGCGCUGCUUGGCCUCAUUUCCGCAAGCAAAAGUACGGUCGCGUCAUCAACACUGCGUCGGCCGCUGGCCUCUUUGGCAACUUCGGCCAGACCAACUACUCCGCUGCCAAGCUCGCCAUGGUUGGCUUCACAGAGACUCUUGCUAAAGAGGGUAUCAAGUACGGCAUUCUUGCCAAUGUUAUUGCCCCUGUUGCUGCUAGCCGAAUGACCGAGACUAUCAUGCCUCCCGAUGUGCUCGCCAAUCUUAAGCCCGAAUGGGUCGUGCCUCUGGUUGCUGUCUUGGUUCACAAGAACAACACAGAGGAGACCGGCGGUAUCUUUGAGGUUGGCGGCGGCCACGUGGCCAAGCUCCGAUGGGAGCGAUCCAGUGGCCUCCUUCUGAAGGCUGAUAGCUCAUACACCCCUGGAGCUAUUAUUAAGAACUGGAACAAGGUCGUUGACUACUCCAACCCUCAAUAUCCCACAGGCCCCAACGAUUUCCUCACAUUGCUUGAGGACUCUAUGAAGAUGGGACCUUCCGAGCAGGGCGAGAAGCUCGACUUUACUGGCCGUGUCGCUCUUGUGACCGGUGGUGGCGCUGGUAUUGGUCGCAUCUACGCUUUGGCAUUUGCCAAGCAUGGCGCAUCAGUCGUCGUGAACGACCUUGCUGACCCUGAGGGCGUGGUUGGUGAGAUCAAGAAGCUCGGCGGUAAGGCUGUUGGUGUCAAGGCCUCUGCCGAAGACGGUGAGAAGGUCGUCAAGGCUGCUAUUGAUGCCUUUGGCCGCGUCGAUAUCGUCGUCAACAAUGCUGGUAUCCUCCGCGACAAGGCCUUCUCCAACAUGAAUGACGACCUCUGGGACCCUGUCCUGAAUGUGCACCUCCGAGGUACCUACAAGGUCACCAAGGCUGCUUGGCCUUACUUCCUCAAGCAGAAGUACGGUCGCGUUCUAAACACCACUUCUACCAGUGGUAUCUAUGGCAACUUUGGCCAGGCCAACUAUGCUGCUGCUAAAUGUGGUAUUCUUGGUUUCUCUCGAGCCCUUGCUCUUGAGGGUAACAAGUACGGUAUCUAUGUCAACACCAUUGCUCCCAACGCUGGUACCGCCAUGACCGCUACCAUCAUGCCCGAGGAGAUGGUUCAAGCUUUCAAGCCCGAUUACAUUGCUCCUCUUGUCCUUGCUCUCUGCAGUGACAAGUGCCCUAACCCUACUGGUGGUCUCUAUGAGGUCGGUAGCGGUUGGUGCGGCCAGACUCGAUGGCAGCGAACUGGCGGUCACGGCUUCCCCGUUGACGUUCCCCUCACACCCGAGGAGGUUCUCAAGAACUGGAAGCCUAUUGUCACCUUUGACGGCCGUGCCGACAACCCCACCAAGUCUCAGGACUCGAUCGAGAAGAUCAUGGCCAACAUGGAGAACCGAAGCAAGCCCAAGGAGUCAUCUGGUCAAAGCGAGCACGCUAAGAUCAUCGAAGAGACUAUCAAGAAGGAGGGUGAGUCUACCGAGUUCAAGUAUGAGGAGCGAGACGUUAUCCUCUACAACCUUGGUGUCGGUGCCAAGCGCACUGAUCUCAAAUAUGUCUUUGAGGGUGCAGACGACUUCCAGGUCAUUCCCACCUUCGGUGUCAUCCCUCCCUUCAACACCGAGAUGCCCUUCGAGUUUGACAACAUUGUGCCAAACUUUUCACCUAUGAUGUUGCUUCAUGGAGAGCAAUAUCUCGAGAUCCGCAAGUUCCCUAUCCCCACAAACGCUCGGCUGGUUUCUCGAGGUCGCCUUCUCGAGGUCAUUGAUAAGGGCAAUGCUUCAAUUGCUAGGUCUUCCACCACCACUGUUGACGCCAACACUGGUGAGGACGUCUUCUACAACGAGGCCAGCGUCUUCCUUCGUGGCGCAGGCGGUUGGGGUGGUCCUAAGCGUGGCGCGGACCGUGGUGCUUCCACCGCUGCCAACAAGCCUCCUGCUCGCGCACCUGAUGUUGUCGUUGAGGAGGUUACCUCGGACGAUCAGGCUGCUAUCUACCGCCUAAGCGGCGACUACAACCCUCUCCACAUCGACCCUGCCUUUGCCAAGGUCGGUGGUUUCAAGGCCCCCAUUCUCCACGGCCUUUGCUCCUUUGGCAUUGCCGGAAAGGCCGUCUAUGAGAAAUUCGGUCCCUUCAAGAACAUCAAGGUCCGCUUCGCUGGUGUCGUCAUUCCCGGCCAGACCAUUGUCACUGAGAUGUGGCGAGAAGGCAACAAGAUCAUCUUCCAGUCCAAGGUCAAGGAGACAGGCAAGCCCGCCAUUGCUGGCGCCGCUGCCGAGCUUAGGACUGAUGGCAAGAGCAAGCUCUAA